GGCGGGAUGGCGAUGGGAUGGCCGCGGUGUCAGUUUUUUGUCCACACAUCAAAGGUAGUGUGGGCCAGCGAUGGCGCGUGCGCAUCUACACGUGGCCCAUUCCAUAGUGCAUGCUCUCAACUAUCGCAUUGCCAUAUCGCUGGUCGAGCGCUAAGCCAUCGUGUAGAGGAGCCAUAACCAUCGCAUGGCCAUCUCGCUGCUCCAGCGCUGGGUCAUCGUGUAGAGGUGCCAUAACCAUCGCAUGGCCAUCUCGCUGGUCCAGCGCUGGGCCAUCAUGUAGAGGUGCCAUAACCAUCGCAUGGCCAUCUCGUUGGUCCAGCACUGGGCCAUCAUGUAGACGAGCCAUUACCAGGCGUAGCACACUCCGCAUUUUACCCUAAGUUAUGGAAGGCUAAGGUGAAACUAUUUGUACUGAUUCUGUGAUAUUACUUAUUAGUUUUAGGGUCGAACACGUUACGUAGAGAAAUACUGCAGCAAUGGCGUGCGGAGAAUAUGACAGGGAAUGUCGAGCCGUCUGUGCGUGGCAUUAUAAAUCUAUUCAGUAUGAUCGAGUGCGCGACCGACUGUAAUCCGUGGCAUUUAAAAUACUAUGGAAAUUACUGCGGCUUAGGUGGUUCCGGUACACCUAUAAAUGAUAUUGACAGUUGUUGCGAACAACACGACGCGUGUUACGACGACAACAAAGACUUCUACGGCUGCUCGAGCAGCAUGUACGUGUCACCGUACGAGUGGAGCUGUAACGACGGCUACCCGUCCUGCCACGACGGGCACGACAAGUGCGGGCUAUGGACUUGCGUGUGCGACAAGGCAAUGAUGGAGUGCUUGAAUGACGCCGGAUGCCCUUAGUUUCCAACGGCGUGGGGUA